CCGUUUAAGAUCAAAACUGUAUAUGAGAAGAUAUUAGAAGAUAUUAUCCAACAGAAGACUUUCUACACCUUGCUAUAAAAUAACAAAGGAACUAUUUGAGUUGAGGAAAAGGCUGAUACUUCUUUGUGAAAUCAAAUGGCAACAUUUAUACGAGCUGUGCUAUUUACAUUUCUACUAAUAUGGAUGUUUAAAGCAGUGAUAACGGCGCCGGUUUCAUUAAGUACGACACGGGUUUCAACUAGUACGGCCAAUGCAUCAACUAGUACGGCACAUGCAUCAAAUAUAACGGCGCCGGUUUCAACUAGUACGGCACGAGCAUCAACUAGUACAACCGGGACAUCAAAUAGGACGGAACGGUCAUCAACUAGUUCGGCACGGGCAUCAACAAGUACGGCACAGGCAUCAAAUAUAACGGCGCCGGUUUCAACUAGUACAGCACGAGCAUCAACUAGUACGGCCGGGGCAUCAACUAGUACGGCCAAUGCAUCAACUAGUACGGCCAAUGCAUCAACUAGUACGGCACAGGCAUCAACUAUAACGGCGCCGGUUUCAACUAGUACGGAACGGACAUCAACAAGUACGGCACAGGCAUCAACUUCUACGGCACUGGCAUCAACUAGUACGGCACGGACAUCAACUAGUACGGCACGAGCAUCAACUACAACGGCACGGGCAACAAGUUCGGUACCGACACCAACUGAAUGCGCAUCACAGGACAAUACCAAAGAAAAUAGUCAGCACAAUAAAGAUGCUGCACGGUCUGACACGGCUGUUUUUGUUGGAAUGAUAGCUGGGCUUGUACUACUCAAUGUAAUAUUACUGGCUGUAGUUAUUGAUUCUGUGAGAAGGCGUAAAUGUAACGGAAAGGAAGCCUUGUCGUCGCAAAGUCCACGAAGUAAUCCGAAUACAGAAGCCAUUGAUAUCAAUGGGUAUGACAGCGUAUACAUGGUGCCUGUUAACUACGAUGAAAUAGGCGGGGCCUAUCAGCAAGUCGGAGGAAAUUAUCAUAUGUAUGAAGACAUCGAAUCAGAUAAUCAGGACAGGGAGAAAAUAAUACGAGCAGUUGCACAAAUAACGGGAAAUGGAUCAUCGGAUGACGAAAGAAGAGAUAAAGACGAAACAGGAGAAGUGGAGCAAGCAGCUAGUCGUAACGUUUACGAACAGUUGAGCAAUUAUCAGGACGAUGACCCAAAUGUUCAUACCUACCAACAAUUACAUUCUUAACCAAGAUCUGUGAAAAGAAACACAAUUGAUUCUUUGAUUACAUUUAUCAUCGUCACAUAUGUUGUAUAUGUAAUUAAGUAUAAGUUUUGUGGGACAUUUUUUUUUAUUUAUUUGUUUCAUGCAUUGUGUAGAUGAACAGAUCUGGGCGUUCGUGGCCGAGUGAUUAAUGUCGUUUACUUCAAACCACUUGGUCGUCACCGCUGUUGGAUUUAAUUCAGUCAUUUAUUGAUAACGUAAUCAACAUGAAGUGGUUCAGUUAAUAAAAUGUAGUAGGAGUGCUUUGCAUCCUUAUGAAACGAAUAAUUUUAAUUUUUUUACCAAUCCUUCAUUUAAUAUAAAUAAAUUAAAAUGAUUAUAAGGCACGAAGUUAUGUAAGUUAAGCUGUUGUUCAGCUGUGGUUCUUCAUUAUUGGUAAAAAAAUAAUUGUCAAUUAACUUGAUUGAUUGAUUGAUUGAUUGACUGACUGAUUGAUUUAUAUUAUUGAUUGAUUGUCAUGUGUGGCAUUAUGUCUAAAACAAAGAUCAUAGUUUCUAUUAAUGUUUAACAGAAUUCGAGAAAAUAUCGUAAACGUAGAGACAAAAUAUAUUCAAUAUCUAAUUAUUUUAUUAUAUUUAUAGUAAAUUCUUUAAUGCUUAUUAUGUUUAAAAUAUGGAUAUUUGAAUCAACAUACUAUGACAGCUUUGUUUUUGUUUAAAAACAUAAAUACUUCUUUUGUAACGGGGAGUAAUCUACAAGACAUGUAUUUUCAACAUAAGUUUCUUUCGGGAUUUGUUUCUUUUUUUCUGUUCCCUCUUUUCAACUGAACCUAGUAUGUGCCAAUGAACAGGUCCGGAAAAUACCCACGACAAAGACGAAUAUCAUAGCAAAAGAUCUGAUAUUAUACAUUCGACAAUAAUUAAGUGUACCACUGAACUCCAUGUUUCUGAUAUGAUUAAAGAUUAAAUG